CUUGCACACAAGCACACUUGUUGCCUGUAAUCAUCACCACUCCAAUUCAGCUUCCUGCACAUUUACCUCUCUGUGCUCUGCACGGUCACAUCUCUGCCUUGCUGAAAAAAGCAAACCACAGUUUUAUCUAAGUUAAGUCUUAGAUCAGUCUCUAACUCGGUUAGAGAACCCCAGGAGCGACAUUUUGAGCAAGCGCGUUCUCUUCUCUCUCUCAUCCGGGCAUGGAGUGGCGCGGGCAGCCGACCGUCAGCUCAGCAGUGGCUUUCUCGGAAGCGCAGAGAUGGGUUGAGGAGGUGACUGAAAAAUCUUUUGGGACCAACAACUUCAGAUCAGCGUUGGAGAAUGGAGUUCUCCUGUGCGAUCUGAUAAACAAGUUGAAGCCGGGCAUCAUUAAGAGGGUGAACCACCUCUCCACCCCUAUUGCUGGCCUGGACAAUGUGAACGUGUUCCUGAAGGCUUGUCGGAAGCUUGGACUGAACGAGGCACAGCUCUUCCACCCUGGUGACCUGCAGGACGUCUCCAGCCGAGUCACCGUCAGGCGAGAAGAAACCAACAGGAGACUUAAAAACGUGCUGAUCACGCUGUACUGGCUGGGUAGGAAGGCCCAGGCGGACCCCUUCUACACCGGCCCCCUGCUCAACCUCAAGGCCUUCGAGGGGCUGCUGGGCUUUGCCCUGUCCAAGGUGUUGGAGGAGUCGUGCCCUGGCUGGAGUGUGCGUGACUCAGGCUACAGCGAGGAGGAGCAGCUGGACCAGCCGCCGGCCAGCUACCGCAGAGAGGACUCGGUGGAGAGCCUGGACUCGCUCGAGUCCCGCACCCUCAGCGUCGCCUCAGAGAGCACGCUCAGAGCAGGGAGUGAAGGUAGUGACGCAGAGGCUGAUCAGGGCUUCAGGAUGUCGGACGUGCGUGAUGUCAGAGGACGGGGCUACAUGCCCACCCCCCUGCGCAGGAAACGGGGAGAGCAGCACGAGGACGACAGGACCGGCCCCCUCAUCAGACUACCUCUGCGGACCUAUGUCACUGUGGGGAGUAAGUCCCUGAGUGACAUCCCUCUGGGCUCGUCUGCAUCGUUGACCCCCCACGUUUUCCGCUCCUCGUUGACCUUUGACAUCAGCGUGGAGGCAGCUGCUGCCGGACAACUUAGGCAGGAGCACCUCCGCAGAAUCCAGGGCCGCAUCAAGGAGACCGAGGCCAAGUGGCAAGAGGACCUGACUCGUUGGAAGGACCGGCGGCGCAGUGCGAACUCUGACCUUCACAGGAAGAGAGAGGAGAGGGGAUUGGACGCACGCGAAGAGCUGCUGGAGAGGAGUGACCAGGAGGCCUUUUGUAGCAGCGUCUACACCCCCAUCUGCUACUCCUCACACACUCACACACACCCACACACACACCACCUGCAGCAGCAACAGCACCUGCAGCAGCACGAGGCCGACCACACACACCGCUCGCGUGCUCCGCUGUCCCGUGGUCUGGCCGUGGAGGGUCCAGUUGCCGGGGCCACCGCCACCUCCAGAGGUCCCCUGCCCCCCUCCGACCCCGCGGCCCAAGGAGAGAGCCUCCCGCUGGGCAGCCUGCCCACAGACCUGGCCUCCGCUCCCAGCUCCAGCUCCAUGCCCGGGCUCAGCCCCGAGAGUCCAGCAAGGAUGCCAAGCGGAGGCGCCCCACCGUACAUGACCGCAGGGACGCCCCACUUCUCGAACGGCGCCCAGUCAACGGCCCCUGGCGCUCUUAAGGUCCACUGGAACAGCCCGGUCUCGUCCAGUCUGACGGGGAGCCCCAUGGCUCGUCCCAGUGGGCCCCAGAACCCGUACGGCGCCGGACUGGACCUCACGGAGGACCUGCAGGGAGGCGGCCAGCUCUACCGCCCCGGGACCCCCGCCGUGAGGCCGCUGGAUGGGGGAUCCAGGAUGUCGUCCACCCUGCCCCGGGGGUUCCGUAGGUCCGAGGGGAGCUCGUGCCUCUCCGCUGGGGUCACCCCACGGCCCUUUGGGGCCAAGACCUCCAGAGUGUCUAUGUCGAAGCUCUACGCUAAGGAUGACUCUCAUAAAAGCCUGAUGAGCAACGCAAAGGGCCACGCUCUCUUCACCAGUACGCCUGCCCCCUACGGAAAGGUCGCGACCUUUGCCGAUUUCGAGCGACCUUCGGCUCCACCCAUGCAGAGUAGUCCUAGACAGGAGAGAAGGGCGGAAGGUGGGCGGACCUCUGCCGGCAUCAACCAAUCAUCUGCUCCCAACAACCAAUCAUCUGCUCCCAACAACCAAUCAUCUGCUCCCAACUUCACCGCAUCGCUCCCUGACUACACAUCUGGAGCUCAGAGUGUGGAGAGAGAGGUGCUCCACAGUGACAUGCGAGUCAGUCUGAACCAGAGACCCAACACUGGUACGGACUUUGGCUUCCAGACCCACUGGGACUCUACUGGCGCACGCAUCACGGCCAUCCAGCCAGGCAGUCCUGCUGAGCUGUGCCAGCUGUGUGUGGGCGAUGAGAUCCGGUCGGUAGGUGGGCACAGUGUGGGGCACAUGAGCUACACCCAGUGGAAGGACAGCAUGGCCCAGGCUCUCGCCAAGGGCAACCUCCUCAUGGACGUGCGCCGCCAUGGACAUGCCGAUUGGGGCUGGAGCGGCCAUCCUUCCCUGCCGUUUAAAAGCCAUAAGACCCUCAAUCUGACCAGUGCGGAUUCAACACUUGUAGGUCGCCCCGAGCACUACGUCGACAUCCGUCAGGACCCCGACAUCACCGCGGCCCCUGCGGCCGAGCCCUUAACUAACGGCCUGACCUACAACGGUGUGGGACCCUUGGAAAUGAAUGGUGGUUUCCACAAGGAGGCUGUGACUUUGAGAAACAAAGGAGGAUCAGAAUCAGCCAUAUCUGAUUUGCAGGUGCCGUCCAUCAGUGCGCCAGCUGGCCGCUGGUCCUGGAACCCGGAGGAGGACAGGAAGAAGCACGAGUCCUGGCAGAGAGAGCAAGAGCGCCUCCUGCAGGAGAAAUACCAGCGUGACCAGCAGAGGCUAGAAGAUGAGUGGAGACGAGCCCAGCAGGAAGUGGGUGGUAACCAUGGCGAUGGACUCAGGGGGCCAGAGGAGCUCAGAGUCUUUGAGGUGGCCAAUGCCGGCACUCCACGACCUUUUUCCCGCCAAUCCGCUUCCUCACCAUUUGUCACCUCCAAUCAGUCUCCAGAGGAGGAGGGGCCAGUGAAGAUGAGGGAGGAGCCAAUACAUAGUGCAGACAGCUCUCCAUCAAAGGAGGCGGGGCUAGAUGAGUGUGAUGGCACCACAGCCAAUCAGUGGCCUGAUGACUCGUACAGCUUUGCCACACUCGCUGCUGCAGACAGGACUAAGUCCAAGUCCACCCCAACACUGGACUCCUUUCACCAGCAUGAAGACAGAGGUGCGGUGCGGGUGGAGAAGAAGCUGGGUCAGCAGAUGUCCCAGGUGGAGUUUGAGCGGCAGCAGAUCCUGGCAGAGAUGCGCAAGAGGACCCCGCUGAACCGGGACAGCAGCUGGAUCCGCCAGCGCAGCAGCAGCAGCAGCCUCUACAAGGAGCCCAUCAACCCCGUCAGGAGGUUUGAGUCUCUGGAUGACCUGCACAGCGGUAGCUCCUGGACUAGGCCCUCCUCGGCCACCUCCAACCCCAUGCGCCCGCACUCAGCCAUGGGCAGCGUUGGAGGACUCCGGGGCCCCGGCCGCUACAGCAUGGGAGCCAUGUGGGGGGCUGGAGCUGCCGGUGGUGGAGGUGGAGGUUCCUCCACCCUCCCGGCCGGUCUCUCCGCCAGCUGCCUGAGGCAGGGGCCCUGGGCCCGGCCCGCCUCCACCUCCCCCACCCCCCUACAGGAGGAGACGUCCCCUCAGCGCAUCAGCAAGCCCCUGAGUGGGCGGAGGGUGUGUACGCGCUGUGAGCGUCCCCUGGCUCGGGGCGCUGCCAUGGUCAUUGAGUCUCUGGGCCUCUGCUUCCACCUGACCUGCUUCAAGUGUGUCAGCUGCAGAAGUGAGCUGCGACGUCCAGGUCCCGGAUCUCAGGUGCGGGUCCGAAACCGACAGCUGUUCUGCGACGGCUGCUACGGACGGAUCCGAGGUCGCCCAAUACCCAAAUGACCAGAGUCCAUUAUUGCAGCAAGUCCAGGAGACGCCUUCAAUUGCUGAUCCAUAACACAGACACACACAGACACACACAGACACAUUUCCAUAAUGCAGGAUGUUUCAUAAGAUCUGCCCUUAGACCGUCUACUUAAAGUACACUCACACAUACACAUACUCUCUCUCACAUAUACACACACAUGCACAAUAUCAUUUAGACAAUCUUGGCAGUGGGUAGAAGUGUUUUUAAUAUUUUCUCAUAGCCAGUUAGAGAGUGUGUGAAUGAGGUGGGUCAGUUGGAUUUUGUACUGCUGUGGCCAGAGGUGCUUGUGUCCAGUUGAGGAGAACUUCUGGUUCUGGUCUGGUUCUUGGUCUCCAGGUUGUCUGACUUUUAUGGAUGAGUGUUUGUGUCUGGCUCUGACUAUGAUGAAGGAAAUUUAAAUAAUAAUAAAAUGAGACGUGUACAUGAA